AUGGCGCCCACCCACCCUGGCCACUGCCCUGGCCACUGGUGGAUGGCCUGCACGGCUGUGGUGGAAAAACUCCUCUUCUCAGUUGUCCUUAUGGGCUGGGUCUCGCUGCUAAUCAUGCUCAAGUCAGAGGGCUUUUACUCCUACCUGUGUACUGAGCCAGAGAAUGUCACCAACAGCUCUGAGGGGGGCACAGCACUGCCAGAGCUAGAGGAGUUGGGCUGGCUCAGCUGCCAGACCCAGGAGGAGAAGCUAAACUUGGCUUUCACCAUGGGCUACUUUCUGCUCAGUGCCAUCAGCCUUCCCCUGGACACUGUUAUGGACAAAUAUGGCCCCAAUAUGCUCAGGCUGCUGGGCAGUGCCUGCUUUGCUGUCUCUUGCCUGAUGAUUGCCUAUGGCGCCAGUAAUCCGAACUCCAUGUCCAUGCUCAUCUUCAUCACCCUGUCUCUGAAUGGCUUUGGUGGGAUAUGCAUGACUUUCACCUCACUGAUCCUGCCCAAUGUGUUAGGGGAUCUUUGCUCUACCUUUAUUUCCCUGAUGAUUGGCUCCUAUGCCUCUUCGGCCAUCACUUUCUCAGGAAUCAAGGUCAUCUACAAUUUUGGGGUCUCCUUCAUCAUCAUUCUCGUGGUCUGGGACAGCUGCUCCAGACUGGCUUUCUUCAACUGUUUCUUUAUCUGGCCCCUAGAACUUCCUUGGCCGGAAGACAUGGACUACACGGUGAAGAUCAAAUUCAGCUGGCUGGGCUUUGAUCACAAGAUCACCGGGAAGCAGUUCUACAAGCAAGUGACCAUGGUGGGCCAGAGCCUGAGUAUGAAGACGGUUCUGAAGAGCCUGAUGAGAAAGACACUAACCAAAACCUGGACAAGAAGAAGCGGGACUGGCAGGUCCAGAAGGUCACCAACGCCAUGCGAGCCUUCACCUUCACAAAUUCCAACUAUUUGGGGAAUUUUUGUCAGUUUGGGGAUGACUUUCGGCAGUGUUCAAUGCUUACUUCUGGCUCUGUGCUCUGGCUUGAAUCCCUUUGUUGGCCAUGUGCAAAGUAAGUUCCCUGCCCAUUGUACUGUUGCUUCUGCCAAUUGA